GUUGUCCCAUUCACGGCCCACCCAAAUGCAAUUUUAGCCUAAAGGGGUUUGGGCUACCAAACGAGGCCUAAAUCACAACAAAACACCCCAGGGUUUCGGUUCCCCUCCCGUAAACUACCAACUAAUCCAUCGCGCCAAAUCUGGACCGUUGAGCUUUCCUAUCAGACUGUCUCCACCGCAGAUGCAGAGCAUCCCAAAUCCCCAGUCACGAACCAACCCAUGGCCGCUUCCGCCGCGACCGCGACCGCCACCACCCCCGCCGCCGCCGCCGGUGACUGGACCGUCGUCCGCCGCCGCGGACGCCGCAAAAGUGACGCUCCGCCCACCGCCUCCCACCCCGACGCCCCGCCGCCUCUCCCCGUGACCCCAAUCCUCUGGUCCCCCGCCGACCCCUCCCUCGACCCCGCCCGCGUCUCCCGCCUCGUCGCGCGCGCCCACGCCGCCAUCUCCCGCGUCGCCGCCUCCCGCCUCUACCGCCGCCUCCUCCUCCCCGAUUCAUCGCUCCGCAGCCGCCUCGGCCUCCUUGGCCCCGCCCGCCUCUCCCUCCUCGGCGUCGGCAGCUUCGAGUCGUCCCCCGCCGCGCGCCUCCAGCUCGCGCUUGCCGCCCUCCUCCACCGGGACUUCCUCACGGGCGCCUCCUCCGCCGACCUCUUCGACCCCGUCCUCUCCGCCGCCGAGUGCGCCGCCGCCGCCGCCCUCGGCUUCUCCGUCCCGAGCCUCGACGACGGGUGCCGCCGCCGCGUGGAGGAGCCCACACUCUUCUACAUGCCCCACUGCGAGGCUUCGCUCUACGACGCGCUCCUCGCCGCCAACUGGGAGUCCCCCGCGCAGCUCCGCCGCGUCUGCGUGCUCGGCAACAGCUUCCGGCGGUACGCGCUCCAGGCCGAGGACAACCGCUCGGGCCCCGCCGCCAAGGCCAGUCAUGUCCUCGCGGCGGAGCGGUUCGCGUGGGAGGAGCGGGUCGACGAUGCGGGGGACGUGGAUGAUGACGACUGGUUCGCCCGCGCGUUUAACGAGACGAGCUGGCAUUUCUUCGAGGUGGACGACGGCGUCGACUUGGCAGCCGCCACCGCCGGAGGAAGGAGAUAAGUUGAAAAGCUAUGUUCUUUGAGCAAUUGUGAUCUUGUAGUUGUAUGUUGUGUGUUGCUUGAUUGGAUGCGAUGUUGAUCAAGAUUCCAAAUUUACAUCUUAACAGUAUAUGAUUUUCUAGAGGA